CCUUUCCUCUAUUUUCCUCAAAAUUCUUUACGAAACUGGAUUUUCCUUGUUAUCUUUUUGGUCAUUUUUUUUUUUUGAUUGUUAGGUGUUGGAUGUGUUGAAUAUUUGAAAAUUAUUUUUUAAAUUGCACUUUUACUACGUUUUUCUUUUCUCUUUCUAUUUUCUGAUACUGUCACUGUUUUGCGCGUUAAAUUUAUUUUUAAAAUUUCUGUUGAAACAAAAAGUUAUUUGUGUGAAUUGCCGCUGUAAUGAUAUUUUCCGUCGAAGUUCGCGUUGUUGUGCGUAUUAUUCGUCUUUGGCGCGGUACUAUUUAAUUGAUUGUUUGUUGUCAUGAAGCUUUAUUUCGUGGAUCAGUUUUAACUUUUAUCAUAAGUAUUUUUCCAACGUUUCAACUACUAAACCGUCAAUAAUAGUAUUGUACUAAUAAGGUAAACGAUUUCACCAAGGACAUUUCUGUUGCUAAACCUGAUUUUAAAUGAAAAUCAAGAAUAAAAUGAUGUUACGAAUUAAAAAAGGCUUUUCGGAGCAAUUGCUCCAGAUGGCAUUGCUUUUAAGUCUUAUAGGUUGUGAUCGUUUAUGGCCUACAUUUGGAAUUUGGUCUUCAGCACCCUCAGCUGAAAUAGAAGUGGGCCACUGGAAUCAAGACAGCUAUUCACAUGGAUUUGGUCCAUUAACGCAAAUUCAUCCUAAAAGUGUCGAUCAAUAUUUGGAUCGACAUUGGCUGUUAAAUGAACUCUUAUCACUGGGUAGAUAUGGUGAUCGAUAUCCAUUAAACAUCGAGGCUUAUUUGCUUAAUGUUGACGGCGACGAAAAUGGUCAAGAUGAUCAACAGCAAGAGUCAGAAGGUCAAGUUGUAAAAAAUGAACCUAAAGAAAAUGAUAACGAAGACGAAGAUGUAGAUCAAGUAUUUGAUACAGACAUUGUUGAAGAUGUUCUUAUGCUUGAGCCAGAGGAUGCCGAGGUCGUAGAAGCUAUAUUUAAAUCCGAUUUAGAACACGAACCAAUAGAUGAAGAAAGUCAUGGAGCCUUCCCUUACGGCAACACUUAUGAGGGAUUGUUCUUGUUACCGGGAGACGAACCACCACAACGCAAUUACACUUUUAGUAGUCCUCCGAGUUCAUCAAAUCACCAUUGGUUCUUUCCUCCAUUAAAUGACAGUGGUUUGCCAGUGACCCCUAGUUUAAGUCCGCGUCGUAAUGAAUUCACGGACAGCUUAGAUGGUAAUUCCUGGGAGGUUGGACGUUUGCUGGUGGAUCUCAGAACAGACGAAAAUCAUUCAAGACGUACGUCUUGUGAUAAUGACACCGAAACGUCGGAUUUGGAUGUCAAUGAAUCUGCUAAUUACAAAAAUCAUUGGUCUUCUAGUAGUCAUGGUGCCUCUCCAAGCCUAAGGUCAGAUUAUCAAGUGAAACAAUCUCCGUUGUACGAACCAUCGGCUGAGUUUGACUUGAACUGCGAAUUUUUAGCAGACAUGAUGCAGUGUUAUUCUCAACCACCAACGUCUUCUAGACAUUUUCAAGGAAGGAUGGGAUAUACAAGAACUGGCAACGGUAUGGACCAGCGAGGCUGGCAGGACUUGGCAUGCAGUCCGAUGUUGGCGUUCCCAGGCGAAGGACAACAUCACCAGCAUCACUACGGGCAGCACUCGUCCAACGCGACGCUCAACUACCCUCCCGGACCGAGCAUGUACCAUCAUCAUCAUCACCACAACAAUACCGGCAACAACGUGCUGUUACAGAAUGUUAGUCUUUGCGCACCUCCGCCGCCGCCACCAUCGACUUCUAUCAAUAUGGGUAACAACCACGUGGCCACAUCGUCUUCGACUUCGUCUCUGUCGCAUUAUCACCACCACUCGUCAUCCAUUGGUGUGUCGACUAAUUGCAACCUGAGUUCAGCCGUCGCAACUUCGCUCCACUUAGCAGGCAGCUCUUCAGAACAGCCCACCUCGUUCAAGGCGGAACCCCAUCAACACGAAAUGAUGUUUCCCUAUCAGAAUCACAAUAAUGAAAUGGCCCCAUCAUCGGACGGACUCUUAUCAUCGAUCCUAAACGACGAUGACUUACAGCUCAUGGAUCCGGCGAUGGGAGCAGAUGGUGGCAUGUAUCCAGUACGAAUGAUGGACAGUACCAGCAGCUCAGUAGCUUGCAACAACAACAACAACAACAAUAACAAUAACAGCACGAUGAGUGGCACAACGAUGGUGCAAAACAGCAACGCAGGUGGAGACUCGGACAGCGCCGUUAGUUCAAUGGGAUCGGAGCGCGUACCCUCCUUGUCUUCGGAUACCGAAUGGAUGGAAACGAAUUCGGACAGUGGACACAACGAUGGAUACCCAUCACAUUCCCACCAAGAAUACGGAAAAAUGAGGUGGUUCGACAAUUAUUUAUAUUCGGGAAGUCGCAGUCACUCGGCUGCUCCGCAAAAGAAAUACCAGUUGUACGGAAGGCGUUUGACAGAUCCCGUAUCAGCUCCGUCAAAUGCUACUGAAACGGCUAGAUCAAAUCAUGUUGGUCUCGUUCCAGAUACAUUAAAUUUGCCUUAUGACAUGUCUGUAAGAGAAGAUAUCCCCGUACCCGGUUCUUCGCAGUUUUCACGGCACAUGGCUGGCUGUUCACGAGUAAUGGCAUCUGAACAUCAAGUGGCCCUUAAUCACACAUACGCAUUGCCUGCGGAAGGACCCAGGACACAACGUAACAAGCUCAAAAGUUGCAAAAGGAGUGAAGAAGAACAAUUAACUAGAGACGAAAAAAGAGCCAGGAAUCUUAACAUUCCCAUUAGCGUAGAUGAUAUAAUUAAUUUGCCUAUGGAUGAAUUUAAUGAGAGGUUGUCCAAAUACGAUUUAUCUGAAAGCCAGUUGACAUUGAUCAGAGACAUAAGACGUCGUGGAAAAAACAAGGUAGCAGCCCAAAAUUGUCGUAAACGUAAAUUAGACCAAAUUCUUAGUUUAGCUGAUGAAGUAAAACAAAUGAAAGAUCGGAAGUUCAAUCUACUUCAAGAACGUGAAUACAUAAUGACCGAACGUAUGAGAGUUAAGACCAAAUAUGAUUUACUUUAUAACCAUAUCUUUGCAAGUCUUAGAGAUCCUGAUGGUAAUCCCUAUUCGCCAUACACGCAUACGUUGCGUGAGCAGCCUGAUGGCAGUGUCAGUAUUGUACCCAGAAAUAAUGGGACCCAAACUGACCGUAACCCUCGGUCAAAGCAACACAAGGAUAAGUAAUUUCGAAAAUUACUUGUUAACUGUUUUAUUUUUAUAAUUAAAUGCUGUGAUAAAAAAUAUUGGUGGUUAAAUCACCUCGAAAUUAUCAGGGAGCCGUGUCUACUAUAAUUUUGCUCAAAAAUAUUUUACAAUUUUUUACAUUUAAUCCCAAAGACAUCAGAUUAAUUAGAUACUCCUUGAUAAAAACUUUAUUAAUUUAUUUUAAAAUAAGCUAUUAUUAUGUUUUAUUGAAAAAUAUAACUCUAUGCAAA